CUUAAAUGUCCUUGUAGGACCCUGUCAAGAGCUAUGAAGCCGCCUUCGAGAGCUCGCCCCUACCAGCAAAUUGAUGUCUUUAUCGACAGCUUUUUCUUCUGCCCUUCCUGCACCACAUGGCGCACGACCAGACCUCUGCGGCCCACCUCACGAAGAGCGCUCUCAACGAGCCGGCAAAGCGCCUCCACUGUUAGCUCACAUACCGCUGUGAACGCUACGAAGAAUGUGCCUGCCCGCUAUAAACAGUUGUAUGAGGCUUUGGGGGAUGUAAGGAAAAAGGCGUCUGCGCAGGUGAACUUGUCUCGGCUACAGCUUGCGCUACAAGGUCUCGAAUCGGAAACACCUAUAACUAGAGUUGCGGUCCUGGGGCUAAAUGUCCAAGAAACUGCGCGCAGACUGGUGCGUUUGCUGCUUGCAGAUCCAUUGGAGGAUGAAGGGCCGUGGGAGAAACAGAUGGUGGACCAAAGGGCAGAUUCCAGUCAGGGUCUAAUAGUUCGUUACGGGCAGCCGCCAAACCCGAGUCUACCACAACCAAGGGCAUCAAUACCAGUUCUUCAGGUCCCAUCGAGCGUUUUGGAACGGACAAACAUGGAAAUAUUGGUUUCAACGAUACCAGCACUAGGAGAUGGAGAGCUGUUGCAAGGUGCCCACACCGUUACUCCGGAUGCUUUCCUGUCACCUUCCGUGGGAACACCUACAGCUGCCACUGGAAGACAGGUGUCCAUUAGCCAACCUGUACAUAGCACAAUGCUAGUCACAAAAGGGCUGGACGAACUCAUGUCUGCUGCUGAAUUGUUGGCUUCUACGAACUUCAUCGCUCUCGAGGAUCGAAAGUCUGUCCAGGUAGUGGUGAACUUGGAAGACACCAUGACGAAAGCACCCAGGCAGGUAUUGAUCGUGGAUGCAUCAAAGGCAGAAGAAGGCCUGGCAGCAAUCCGUAGGUCUGUGACCGAAGCCAGGACCUACGAACACAAAUGGGUCGACUCUGGAAUGCCAUCAUUAUCAAGCUGGCUUACCUCCGCAUCAGCCGCUCGGUCCGAGGGAGCAAUACCAGCACCCGUGAAGACACUGAUAUCUUCGCUUCUUACAAACGCUACAAGAAACAUGCAAGCUCAGGCCGCGUUGGAAGCCCGGUCAAGUGCAGCUAGGACCCUGAGCUUCUCGACAAGGACUAACCUAGAAGCAUCCAUCGAAGAAUUCUCGCGGAACGCACAUCAGGAGCUCCAAUCCGGACUGGCAUCUGCUUGGAGCUCACGUAACUGGCGAAAAUUGGCAUGGUACAAGCUCUUCUGGCGCGUGGAUGAUGUUGGCCUGAUCAUCGCUGAUCUUGUAACAAAUGCUUGGCUGCCACGAACUGAGCGAGCCGUCUACGAGCUGUCCGGCCGGCUAUCUCAAGCAGGCAUAUCUCCGAUGGACGUUCCACAGGUGGACAGAGUCUCAUCACCCAUGGCCGGGGCAGAAGUCAUAACAGAGCCCACCCAGGUACUGCGGGCUCACGCAGACGUUGCAACCGACCCACCCGUCGAACCGGUCGUGGUCAAUAGAACUGGCCGCGCGGAAAUCGAGAUGGUGCCCAUAUCUCAGCCUGUGCCUUUCUCUUCAACUAUAUCGAACACGCGGGCAGCAUAUAUGAACCGCGCCAUUACGAGCCUGACCAGCACAGCUCAACAGAUUGUGUUGAAAACCCUCUCACUUACAGGUCUCUCAGCUGGUCUCUCCGGACUUACAUAUGUCUCCGUGGCAGGCAGUGUAUAUGAGGCCGGUACAAUCGUGGCAUUAGGUACAGCUUUCGCCCUCUGGCGUAUGCAGGGCGACUGGUUGAAGGCCACAAGAUCCCUAGAGCAGGGGCUGCAUGAAGAAGGCAAAUCUGUAAUCCGGAGGAUUGUGGGGCGGAUGAGAGACUUGGUUGAGCAUGGAAGUAAAGUCGUCGAAGAUAAAGUCGAGGUCCAGAGUCGGCGCGAAGCUGAAGAUGCUGUGCUCAGGGCGAGGGAGGAACUAGAUCGACUGAAGUAGUGAUGGCAAUCGUGCAUAGGAUGGCCAUGAUAGUGGAAGAGCCUCCAGAACCAGUACAUUACAAGCUGAUCAGAUAUUUGUGUCCUCCAAGCUCUAGCUGAUCUCAACAGCAUCAUCAGGC